UUGGUGGGUUUCUUGAUGAUGAUCCCAUUGUUCACCCAAAAAUAAAAAUUUUGAGGGCAUAAAAGGAUAGAGGCGAGAAAUAUCCCUGUGAAGACGCUCUGGUUUAGGCUUACUCUGCUCCACACUCGAGAUCGUUAAGAACUCAAGAGGUCCUGCUUAAAGCUUUUGAGAUGAGUAUGGGUGGAAAAGAAGGUCAUGCAAUCGGGAUUGAUCUCGGGACAACAUAUUCGUGUGUGGCAGUGUGGAAACACGACCUUGUGGAAGUCAUAGUGAAUGAGCAGGGCGACAGAAUGACUCCAUCUUAUGUUGCUUUCACUGAUUCUGAACGAAUGAUAGGUGAUGCAGCAUAUAACCAAGUCAUCAGAAACCCUGCAAACUCAAUCUUUGAUGCAAAGAGGUUACUUGGUAGAAGAUUUAGUGAUGCAUUUGUUCAAAGUGAUAUUAAGCUCUGGCCCUUCAAGGUCGUUGAAGGUCCUGCUGACAAGCCCAUGAUUGUGGUUACCCAAAAGGGUGAAGAGAAACAGUUUGCGGCUGAAGAAAUCUCAUCCAUGGUUCUUGGAAAGAUGCGGGAGAUUGCUGAGGCCUAUUUAGGCACAACUGUGAGGAAUGCAGUCAUCACUGCCCCUGCUUACUUCAAUGACUCACAGCGUCAGGCUACUAAUACUGCUGCUGUCACUGCUGGCCUAAAGGUGAUGCGCAUUAUCAAUGAACCAACUGCUGCAGCCAUUGCUUAUGGGAUUGACAAUAAAGUUGGUUGGUAUAGCAAGAGAAAUGUGAUGAUAUUUGAUUUAGGUGGUGGUACUAUAGAUGUCUCACUGCUAGCUAUAAGUUCUGGUGUCUUUGAGGUCAAGGCUACGGCUGGAGACACCCAUCUAGGAGGGCAAGAUUUCAGUAACAAAAUGGUUGAUUACUGUGUUGAAGAAUUCAAGGAGAAGCAUAAUGUGGAUGUUAGUAGAAAAUCCAGAGCUCUUAGUAGGUUAAGAAAUGAAUGUGAGAAGGCAAAGAGGAGGCUUUCGUUUACAACUACGACUGACAUUGAAAUUGAUUGUUUGCAUCAUAAUAAUGAUUUCUACAUAACUAUUACCCGUGCCAAAUUUGAACAACUCAACAUGGAGUUCUUCAAUAAUUGUAUGGAGCCUGUGAAGAAGUGUUUGAGAGAUGCUAACAUGGACAUAAGCAGUGUCGAUGAUGUUGUUCUUGCUGGUGGCUCUUCUCGAAUUCCCAAGAUGCAGCAGCUUUUACAGAAUCUGUUUCAGGGAAAGGAACUGUGCAAGGGCAUUAAUCCAGAUGAGGCUGUGGCAUAUGGUGCCGCUCUUCAAGCUGCCAGUUUAAGUGGAAAUGGAAAGGAGAAUCUACAAAAUUUGGCUCUCUUGGAUGUCACCCCUCUAUCACUUGGGGUGGAAGCACUACUGUCAAGUUCUGGCGAUCAACAUUUCAUGACAGUUGUGAUCCCAAGAAACACAAGGACUCCAGUCAGGAAGCAGCAAGUUUUGGGAUCUAGUGCUCAUGACAAGCAACAGGUUGUUCGCUUCUGCAUUUACGAGGGUGAGAGUGAAAGCACCUUAAAUAAUAAUUUUUUGGGGGAAUUCAGUAUCGACGGAAUUCCUCCAGGUCCAGAAUAUGCUCACACGUUUGUUGUUUGCUUUGAUAUUGAUGCAAAUGGUAUGUUGAGUGUGUGCGCUGAGGACAGUCUGAAUGGGCGGAAGAGGGGGAUUACUAUCAAUCGUGAAAAACCUUCGGGAUUUGAGAAUAUGAAGGAGUGGUAAUCUCUAUACUUACUAUGACUGAAGAUAGCAACUAUUCUCGGGCAAUUUGAUCUGCAGGUUUAGCUAUAUUUGAACAUUAUUUUACUUUGUCCAGGUAAGCCACAAGUCUUUAUUAUGUGCCAGUUCUGUUUUUUUUUGAAGAUGGAUUGAAGUCCACUGGCACUUUUUUUUCUGGCUUUCAUAUGUUACCGUUAUUGUGACUUGCUCGCCGUUUUACUAACAUAACUUUUCUGGUUUGAUUUUUGUUUUUGUUUUGCUUAGAGCUGGAUAAUACCUGCCUGAUUUCUAUAGCUAUCCUUUUGUUUUCAGAUCUAUGAUCUUACAAGCUACACGAGAAAAAUCUGGCUGUUCUCAAAUGUGAUGUUUGCUUUAAUAUUGAUGCAGAUGGUAUCUUGAGUGCCUUGGCUGAGGACAUGUCCAGCGGCCAAAAGAAAGGGAUUAAUUACACUAUUACAGCCAACAGUUACAAAACUUCCGACGGAAUUGAGAAGUUAAGGCAAGUAAUGAUAAUUUAUGGCAUACUAAGAAUGAAUACAUAGUUUGUCUUGUAAAACAAAAACACUAAUGACAGGUGAGCAGUAAUUCUCUAUUAUUCGCUGGUUCUGUUUGUGGGGAUGAAUCAAAAGUUGGGAAAAGUGAGGCAGCUGGCGGUACUCUUUUUGUUUGCUGGUUGCACAUGUAACAUGCUUGUGCUUGUGCAUUUUGCUAAUUACUUUCCAUGGUUUCAUUCUCAUUUUGCUAAGAGAUCCUCCUGGUCAUUCUAAUUUGUUGCUUGCCUGACUAAUACAAUUUUACAGAAACAAUG